AGUUCAUCUGACUGUAUCAAUAUAUUAGUUAAGAAUUUAUGAAGAAAGCAUUUUCAUUUUUUUUGUCAUACAAAAUUAGUAUACAAUUUGAAAGCUUGGAAUUAUAAAUAUCUUUGAUUUUUAGUUAUAGUCAAAUGCUUUUCGGUAUUCAUGGAAGGCAAUGAGAGAAAGCUUAUUAAAGUCUUCAAGCUUUUGAAUGUAUGAAUAAUAUAAGCUGAGAGGUUCCUUAAAGUUUGGUGUGUUAGUUCAUCUUCUCUACCAUUUAUUCUUCACUUAAUCUCACACUCUUUGUUCAGUUUUUUAAUAUCUCUAUCUUCUUAAUCAAAGUUUGAUGCUUUCUUUUCCCAUCUUUCUUUCUUAGAUGGAAUUACCGGUGAAAGCUCCUAUUCCCGGUGGCCGGAAAAUCUCAUAUAGGCUAGAAACCAAUAAUCUAUCAUAUCGAUUAGGUGGAAACACUCCAAAGUUUUCUAAUUUAUGUGGUUUCUUGAGUGAGAAGGAAGAAAAAGUUAUCUUGAAGGAUGUUUCUUGUGAUGCAAGAUCCGCAGAGAUCACUGCCAUCGCCGGUCCUAGUGGGGCUGGAAAAACCACGUUGCUAGAGAUUCUCGCUGGAAAAGUUUCUCAUGGGAAAGUUUCAGGGCAGGUGCUUGUUAAUGGUAGGCCUAUGGAUGGUCCCGAGUACAGGAGGGUUUCAGGGUUUGUGCCACAAGAAGAUGCUCUGUUUCCGUUUCUUACGGUGCAAGAAACACUGAUGUACAGUGCGCUCCUAAGGCUGAAGACUAAGAAGAAAGAUGCAGCUGCAAAGGUGAAGAGGCUGAUUCAAGAACUUGGUCUUGAACGUGUUGCGGAUUCAAGGAUCGGUCAAGGAACACGAUCUGGAAUCUCUGGGGGAGAGAGAAGAAGGGUUUCUAUUGGAGUUGAACUUGUUCAUGAUCCAAAUGUUAUAUUGAUCGAUGAGCCAACCUCUGGUUUGGAUUCAGCGUCCGCUCUUCAAGUUGUGAUGCUUCUCAAAGAUAUGACGGUUAAACAAGGAAAAACCAUUGUUCUGACGAUUCACCAGCCUGGUUUUCGCAUACUUGAGCAGAUAGACCGGAUAGUGUUGCUCUCUAAUGGGGUGGUUGUUCAAAACGGAUCGGUUAAUAGCCUUCAUCAGAAGAUUAAGUUCUCCGGUCACCAGAUACCUCGGCGUGUAAAUGUCUUGGAGUAUGCAAUUGAUAUUGCAGGGAGUCUUGAACCGAUCAGAACACAGAGUUGCAGAGAAAUCUCAUGUUAUGGUCAUAGCAAAACAUGGAAGAGCUGCUACAUUAAUGCGGGAGAGUUUCAACAAUCUGAUUCUCACAGCAACUCAGUGUUAGACGAAGUGCAGAUACUUGGGCAAAGAUCUUGCAAAAACAUCUUCAGAACCAAGCAAUUGUUCACAACCAGAGCUCUACAAGCCUCCAUUGCGGGUCUUAUACUCGGUUCAAUUUACUUGAACGUGGGAAAUCAAAAGCAAGAAGCGAAAGUCUUGCGAACCGGGUUCUUCGCAUUUACCCUCACUUUCUUGCUAUCUUCUACAACAGAGGGACUUCCAAUUUUCUUGCAAGACCGGAGAAUCCUAAUGAGAGAGACAUCGAGAAGAGCUUACAGAGUUUUGUCUUAUGUUUUAGCAGAUACCCUCAUCUUCAUUCCCUUCCUGUUGAUCAUAAGCAUGCUCUUUGCUACUCCGGUUUAUUGGCUGGUUGGUCUCAGAAGAGAGCUAGACGGGUUCUUCUACUUCUCAUUGGUGAUAUGGAUUGUUCUUCUGAUGUCAAACUCUUUUGUUGCAUGUUUCAGUGCUCUUGUCCCAAACUUCAUAAUGGGGACAUCAGUAAUCUCAGGUCUCAUGGGAUCUUUCUUCCUCUUUUCUGGGUAUUUCAUCGCGAAGGAGAGGAUCCCGGUUUACUGGGGGUUCAUGCAUUAUCUCAGCCUCUUCAAGUAUCCAUUUGAAUGCCUGAUGAUCAACGAGUAUCGAGGAGACGUGUUCUUAAUACAACAAGACCUCAAGGAGUCUCAGAAAUGGAGCAAUCUUGGUGUCAUGGCAAGUUUCAUCAUCGGGUACAGAGUCCUUGGAUUCUUCAUCUUAUGGUACAGAUGUUACAGAACAAGAAGCUAGGUUAAUAACAAUGAUCUGCAGAUAUAAUUUAAUUUGUUUUGUAAUUUUAAAAGAAAUUUUACUUUUCUCAUAUUCUUUCUUUUUGGUCCGCACCUUAUAUUCUAAAAUUCGCAAUGUAAAGAAAAAAAACAUUCUGAUGAAUACUGAGUAACCUCGUUUAUAUAUAAGACAUUAUUAAGCAUCA